UUAAAACACUAUUGGCUGCCCCUCCCCUCCUUUCUGUCCAGUGAUAAGAAAGAAAGAAAGAAGAAAGAGUUAAGAAACCCUAAAACUCUUCUUAUCUUCUGCCUGCUGCAAGACAGACUGUGCUAACUCAUGGCUCAGUUACGUGCUAUUUCAUCUUCUUCCUCUACCAAUUUCGUCUUCAAUGGAGCUAGCAAACCAGAAUCAGCUUUAGGUCGUAAUCAAAUAUGCUAUUCGAACAAGUUUUCAUCGGUGUCAAGUGGGUUUAAUGGGAAUGCCCUAGUUCACAACAAUCUCAACCUCACUCGAGCUUCCAAUAACAAAGCUAUUCAGGCGGUUGCGGCAAGUGAAAAGGGGGUUGAUGUUUCUGUGUCUCCAAAGACUGGUGGUGGUCUGCGUGGAAAGUUGAAUAAAGUGGUUUUAGCUUAUAGUGGUGGUUUGGAUACCUCAGUUAUUGUCCCAUGGCUAAGGGAGAACUACGGUUGCGAAGUUGUUUGCUUCACUGCCGAUGUUGGACAAGGUAUCAAGGAAUUGGAUGGAUUGGAAGCAAAAGCUAAAGGAAGUGGAGCUUGCCAAUUAGUUGUCAAGGAUUUACAGGAAGAGUUUGUCAAAGAUUACAUAUUUCCUUGCUUGCGAGCUGGUGCCAUCUACGAAAGGAAGUAUUUGCUGGGAACUUCUAUGGCGCGCCCUGUUAUUGCUAAGGCAAUGGUUGAUGUUGCUAAAGAAGUUGGAGCUGACGCUGUUUCACAUGGGUGCACAGGGAAGGGAAAUGAUCAGGUUCGAUUUGAACUCACCUUUUUUGCUCUGAAUCCUGAACUCAACGUUGUAGCUCCAUGGAGAGAGUGGGAAAUUACAGGACGCGAAGAUGCUAUCGAGUAUGCUAAGAAACACAAUAUACCUAUUCCAGUGACCAAAAAAUCUAUCUACAGCAGAGACCGGAACCUGUGGCACCUUAGUCAUGAGGGAGAUAUUCUGGAAGAUCCAGCGAAUGAACCAACGAAGGAUAUGUACAUGAUGUCAGUUGACCCUGAAGAUGCACCCGACCAGCCUGAAUACGUUGAAAUUGGAAUAGUUUCCGGAAUCCCCGUCUCAGUAAAUGGGAAAGAGCUCUCUCCAGCAUCGCUCCUCUCACAGCUCAAUGAAACUGGUGGGAGACAUGGAAUUGGCCGAAUCGAUAUGGUUGAGAACCGUCUUGUGGGAAUGAAAAGCCGUGGUGUAUAUGAGACGCCUGGUGGAACCAUCCUCUUCUCUGCUGUCAGAGAGCUAGAGUCAUUAACACUUGACCGUGAGACAAUUCAGGUGAAAGACCAACUUGCCUUAAAAUAUGCAGAGCUAGUUUACGCAGGAAGGUGGUUCGAUCCACUCCGCGAAUCAAUGGACGAAUUCAUGAAGAAAAUUACAGAGACCACAACAGGAUCUGUGACUCUAAAACUAUACAAAGGAUCGGUCACUGUAACAGGCAGAACAAGCCCAUACAGCUUGUACAGGCAAGAUAUAUCAUCAUUCGAGAGCGGGCAGAUUUAUGAUCAGGCAGAUGCUGCUGGGUUCAUUAAGCUCUACGGUCUUCCAAUGAGAGUUCGAGCUAUGCUUGAGAAGGGUAUCUGAAUGUGUUCCUCCUGAUUUUUUUGUUAUACUAGGAAAUUGAACUUCAAUGUAAGACUUGGAUUUGAUGAGCUUAAUAACAUUAGAGAAAAAUAGAAAUCUCUGCGAAAUA